AUGCCAGAGAGGUCUGGUAGCGCUUAUCCCCUGGGAGAUAGUACCAUUCCUGGUCGCUUCAUCGUGGCGCUAGAAUUCGUCGACGGCGAAACGAACGUAGACCUGGACAGAGUCUGCAUCGUGUUCAAUAUGAGCAAACCGCAGUCUAUUGGGAAGAAUGAGUCCUUGAUGUUCCAUUUGGAAUGCGUGGCUCUGGUGAGCACACCGGAAGUGCUGAUGUACGUGCAGAUCUGGAGUAUAUUAAGGGACAAGUUCAAUCCUCAGUGUUCCCGGAGACGCCGCGCAGUGCCGUCUGAUAGCACCAGAGACGUUUGUGGCAAAGUCGAAUGCUCCGAUACAUUGGCUAUGCCAGUCUCUAUAAGCUCUCACAAGGGGGAAAUCUGCGCGUGCUUCCGGGAGCGUCAAGGGGGUCCCGUUCUUACCUGGACUCACGAUACGACGAGCCGGAAGUUCAUCAUCAGCAUCACCAACAUCCCUCCUUACAUGCAGGCUGUCGUAAUUUAUAUCAUGAACAGCAACACUACCGAGUUGCUGGAAAGUCUGAGCAUGGCUGAUAUUGUGUUUGGUCAGAACAGCCUUAUUGUGACCUCUAACAAGGAAUAUUCAACCGGGAACUACUCGGUCGAGGUAGUGGAGGAGACAGUGCCCCCUCCUCAGUUUUUCCCAGCUUCUAUAGUAACCAUAGCAACGGUGGUAGGUGCUGUCGUCGUGAUAGGCCUCAUCACCGCCGUGGUUUGCGUCUACUGUAAAUGCUGCCGUAAGAAAGCCAACCUUCCUCCUAGUGAGCUUGAGCCAUUCAGCACAGAACUCGUACAGAUGCCGCCUUCCAGUCAUAACAACACGGACGGUCACGUGACUGGAAUCGAAGAAGAUCAUACACUCAUCGCUGAGACGGAAAUGACUGAGUAUGAGGAGGGUAAGAGGCCAGAGCUGACCCAACGUCAGCCACUGCUGAGCGAUAUACAAAGCACUAAAUAUAGAGACGGAAAAUAUGAUGCCGCAACUAAUGAUGAACACGAUAAACCACAACACGAAAGAUUUUAUAAAACGACGUUUGCAGAACAUCAUGACACUCCUUUUGUAUGCAGAACAAUGUCAACGCAUAACCAUUGUCAGACACGUUCCAUCAAGCAUUGGGGGGUCAAUAGGUCAAUAGGUACUCACCAUCUACCGCUGCUGAGCGAUAUUCAACGCAAUCAAUUUAAUGACGAAACCUAUGAUGUCGUUUAUCACGAUGGAUCUGAAAAUCUUGGCUCUUCGUUUGGACACAGAACAAUUCCAACUGAGUCAACAGAGUACGGUUAUCAGACACGUGCCGUUAAGCACUUGAUCGGGCUAUCGUACCGCGAAACUGAUGAUGACGUGUUCUGUGCAAAGAAAGAGAGACUCUUGCACGAGAUGCGGCGGAAUGGUUUGGUGUUUGGUCACGUUUCCCAGCAUUAUUUUGCUGAACGAGCAAUGCACUCAACGGAGCACACUAACGUAGUGAUAAUCGUGUCCAAAGGAAUGAACGCACUGUGCUCCCCUUUGCGACAACAACAACAGGAAUGGGACCAUGAUAAUUUACCGAAAACUGUGUUAUUUGAACUGCAGCAUGCAAAAGCAGGGGAAAACACCGUCCAUUUAGUCUCGCUGAAACAUGACCGUUGCGACGGGGAGAGACUGUUGUCAGAGUUCAGGAGCCUCAUGUACCCUAAACAGCCCGAGGGUCGUUUCAUAUAUGAUUACAAUUUCCAUGGCAACGAAUUUGAUUUCAUCAGAGGGACGCUUUUUGAGUAUUUUAUUAAUAAACUGUUAAUAUAAAGCACAGUCAAUCCUGGUAAUUUCCCAGUAGACAUGCCGCAAACAAUCUUAACGUUUUGGAAAAAGAAAAAAGUGUUAAAUUUAGAUCAAUUAUCCUCAGUGGAUGCAAUCUUGAAUGACUAUCACGUUAAUUAAAAGAAUUAGAGCAACUUGACUUAAUAACAAAAAAUCAUCAUAUUUCAUAAACAUCAUUAAUAAUAUGAAAACUUAAUCUAACCUUCGUAAUUCUUAGCAUUCGUGAUGGUGGUGCAUUUAAUGCGUUGAUCUGAUCAUGUCGUGUUUUCAUUGUUGUUUUAUAUAAAACAAGAAAUACAGAAAUACAUUUAACUAUAAAUAGUCUAGAGUCUCAUUUAAUAUUCACUUGAAAUUCUAUAUUUUAGUUAUCUUGACCUUUACAUGUAAAUACCUCAGUACUAGUUCUUAUCUUUUUAUAUCAUUCUUUUGUUUG